UCCAAACCUGAUGGAAUCGAUGGAACAAGUGGUGCUGUGCCAGCAAUGACCGAAGUGACAUGCAGUGAGGCGCAAUUACUGGCCAAAGUUGUGGACUGUGUUUCGAAGUAUCACUUCUUGUGUGAUCGUCCGAACGUCAAAUUCUUUUCCGAAGGUCUCUGGAAGCGUGUACCUGAAGAAGUGAGUUGUCUGCUAACUGAGCAAAGGGAAAUCUUUGAUUGCCCUGAAACUUUGCUCGAAUUCCACGCGGCUACCAUCGAAAUAGCUCGUCUUCUUGAUCUCUGUUUGGCCGAACUUCCAUCGUAUGAUGUUUCGCAGUGUGCCACACCACUGGUUGAGGUUAACGGUUCAGUGAGUGCCAAAAAACGUCAUGAAGUUGAGAAUUUCGCAGCCCUUUUGACAAGCUACUGUAAGCUGCAUGAUAUCAAUCGAAUCGUCGAUAUUGGAUGUGGCGUGGUAACGUCUCAUCCCUCUUUUGCAUAA